CCGGCAACCAAGUUACAAAUAGCCGCUUACCCUUUUAAAAAAACAACACAAAAAAAUUGGGAUUCCAUAGUUAUUUUUAAGCACUUCGGCUUAGUUAUAGCUUCAUUUCUAACAUUGUAUUCAUAACUCUUCAAACAUUGAAUUGAAAACCAAAUAUUUAAACAAAACGCUAUUUUAAAAUUUGUUGAUAACUAACUGAACUUCCAUCUGGCUUUAUUUCAAUUCACACUCGUCUCGGAGUUGGUUAUUUCACUGAUGUCAUUACUCUGAUUAAUACAACCUGACACUAAGAAAAUAUUUCUUUGAAAUAGUUCCGUCUCCGCCGAACGGACACACCUGUGUGAUCUUAAACGUCAUAGCAGACGACAUUCGGGCCUGACUCGGCGCUAACAGAAAUGUCCGCAGCAACGAGAAUACCGCCAAAAAGUGAUCGUCUGUUGGACAUUCCCUGCAAAGUCUGCGGCGACAGAAGUUCCGGCAAGCAUUAUGGGAUAUACAGCUGUGAUGGUUGCUCGGGCUUUUUCAAACGCAGCAUCCACAAGAACAGGGCCUACACCUGCAAGGCUCAGGGGCCACUGAAGGGCCGUUGUCCGGUAGACAAAACCCACCGGAACCAGUGCCGGGCCUGCAGACUUAACAAGUGUUUUCAAGCAGACAUGAACAAAGAAGCCGUCCAGCAUGAGAGGGGUCCUCGGAAACCUAAAACUAAGCCUGGAGAUCUCACGGGCCCUUUACUGGUGGACACCAGGUGUCACAGCUCGCAGGAACAUCCCAUAGACCUGAGCCUUGGGGUCAGCGCGCCCUGCCCUCUCUUGCCCAUGGCCUACCAGCACGAGGUGUCGCUGCCCAACCCGCACGUGUUUCCUGACAGCCAGAUGCUCAUGCUGAGCUACGUGAACAGAUUUAGUGACAUCAUGCGCGUGCAGGCCCCAUCAGCGUUUAGCAGCCCAAUGUCCACGCCUCUGGUGACCAGUUUCCACCAAGAUAUACUUCAAGAAGUAAUGGUCAGACUCAUGUUCACUGUGGUCACUUGGGUCCGACACAUCCCAGCAUUCAUCUCUCUCUGCUCCGCUGACCAGACUCUUCUAAUUGCCUCAGCGUGGAAAGAAUUGUUUUUGCUCGGACUUGUGCAGUGGGGACUUCCGGUUGAGCAUCUCAUUUCCCGAGAAGAGCUCGCCACGUCCAGCGUUGACCUGGACGACUGUGUGACCGUGUGUCAGAUGAUCGCCAGGAUCCGAGAGCUCUCCCUUGAUCCGACCGAAGUCACGUGCGUCAAAGCGAUUGCUCUAUUUAAACCAGACGUGUCCGGCCUGGCAGACAAGAGUCAAAUCCAAGGAAUCCAGGAUCAAGCCCAGCUCAUGCUUAACCGGCACAUCCAGUUGACCUACCCCAGGCAAAUGAUCCGCUUCGGUCGUCUGCUGAUGCUCCUGUCCAAGAUGCAGACGAUCCACGGCAGCGUGGUGGAGAGGCUGUUCUUCAGAGGCCUCCUGGCUUCCUCCUCCAUCGAGAAACUCGUCGGGAACAUUGUGCACGGUGAUUUCUUGUGAUUGUCUGCUCGGUGCACACGCUUAUGAGUGCACACCACGACGCAGCGCUUGUGAGUUUUUUCGGUGCGCAGAUUUAUACAUUUCAAUGAACAAUGAAUUGGACAAUUUCUUUGGUGCGGUUGGUGUUCAUAUUCAGCUCAACUUCUGAACAAUUUUGAUGUUUUCUUCUACUCAUUGUCAGUGUUGACCAAACAGCAGCAUGGACUUCCUAGGAGAAUGUCUUUAUCUACCCUUCAAACGGUGAAUGCCUACAUUAAAAAAGAUUUUUUAAAGAAUUUAACUUCAUAAUUUUAUAACUGACUUUUUUAAUCAAUAUAAAACCUAUAUCAAACUGAUUGAACAUAAAUAAAGCCCCAAUUCAGAUCUUGCAACCCAAGGGAAGGAGGAUCUAAAACUUUUCUAUGUCCUUAGCCGACGGUUAACUAGGGAAUCAUGUGACCAGAACAACAUUUUAACUUGGCUUUAGUUUUUUUUUUAUGUUGUCAGUUACAUGCUACAUUUGGCUGGACUGAAAUUUAAAAGCAUAGCCUUCAACAGGAUUCAAACUCGAAACACCUCGGUUGGGAAACCAAGGCUUUAUCUCUCGGCCACCACACCCCUAGUAUAAAACUACAAUAAGAAAACAUCAUUGUCAAUAUUGAACAUGAUUAGGAUUUAGUAUUUGUUUCGGGAAUAAGGGGAAAGUUUUACUUAGUGACAAAUGACGUGACAGAUAGGUAAAAAAAAAAGAAGAACGCUCAAAGUUACGCUACAAACAAGACGCUUUGUAUAUUACAGUAGGAAUAACAAGUAUUAGAUAUACGGCUUUACUGAAAGACAUUGGACGGAUCCCUUCUUAAGUAUUAAAGUGUUUAUUAUUGUUUAAUACUAGCGUCGACCACGUAUAUUGAUUGUUUUGGCAUUUCGCCGGUGUUCCUGAUUUGGUUGAAGGUUACCUCCUGUUUAUUUCAUUGUUUGCAUUCAACACCGCGGAAGAGCCAUAACAUAAGAUAUUACUUUCUUAACAAUUAAAUAUCUUCUCAUCGUCUGUCAGUCACGUGUUCAAACUCAGCUCUAAGAAAAUAUAGGCUAGAGGCGCGCAACCAGCCCAACGAGCCACCCCAUCAGCCCAACGAGCCACCCCAUCAGCCCAGCUAUUGGUAAACAAUUCUCUUUGUUGUUGCUAGAAUUAAAAACUAUAUAACAGACUUUGAGAGAGCACAAUACAGUAAACCAUGUUUUUCAUCUGUGUGUCCAUUGGAUACGUUUUCAUAUAUAUUUAUACUUAUUUUCAUGUUCUUCAAAUCUAGGCAUCUACUUGGUCAGCGUAGAUAGCUGCAAUACGGCUUUCAAAGCAAUAAUUAUGUAUGAGACAAUGACAAUGUUAUGUAUAAAUAUGUGUACAUGUAUGAUAGACAAGGGAGGUGGAGAAGGGUACCACCCUGCCUCAGAACUUAAUUACAAUGAAACCUGAUUGGUUAAUUUUAUUUGACAUAUUAAAUGGACUUCAAAACUGAAGUAUCAAGCUAUGAAGUACCUCCUAAGUCAGGACACCCUAUCGAUGCAACGCCACUGCAUGUAUGGAUAAAAAUAAACGUACUCUUUAAGAAGAUAUAAAUUAUUGAAUUUUUUUUUUCUUUCUAUUUUCAAUAAGAUUAAUUUAUUAUUCCCGUAAAACUAAUUUAAGUUAGUGGCGUCACUAGGGUCGCUGUCACCCGGUGCGGCCCGCACUCCCUGCACCCCUUUGUGACCCACUGAUUUAAGUAAUGUUUUGAUGGAGCAUGUCCAAGAGGUUAUUUUUUUUUUUUUUUUUUUUUUCAAAACCAAAAUGUAAAUAUGAUUCUAGUCUUGUACAUCUAGUAUGUUUGGGAAGAAUGUGACUCUUAAAACGACACCAGGGCGUAUCUCUGUCUCUAUGCCUUCUAUCAGAUGAGAAGAUGGAUGCCCAGUUGGGUCCAAACAUUUCUCUCUCUGUCAUUAUGGAGCGGAGGCACCUUUGACUGAAGCGUUCGAGGAGCCUUAGAUGCCAUCUGUGGAGAUCCCAGAUCUCGGAUCCAUACAAAAGUGUGUUGAAAACCAUUUGCUUGUUAGAUAGAUAUAGUCUACUAUACAGCAAUAUGAAUUGUGUAAAAUACAACACUAAUAAAAGUACACUAUC